GAUCGAGUGGGGCCUGGGAGUUGCACGAUUGACUGGAUGGAUUGUGACACACAGGGUACCCGCGCGAUGACCACCAAAACCAAGUCGCAUAGCUAUUGGCUCCGCCACAAAAAAAUAUAGUAACAAAAGUUUGUUAACAAAUCUACUCAAGUUUUGGUGACGCGAUGUCCGUCCGUCCCCAAAAAGCAUCGUAUGACAACCAAACUUGGCAGGUGUCAUGUAUGUGUCAAAGGAGGUGCAAAACUGUGGUCAUGUGGUUUGUGACGUCAACGAUGACGUCACUAGAAGCAAAAGCAUGAUGACGUCAUCAAAAUAAAAAAUAUAUUUAUAUUUCACGAAGGAAACAUCGUAUGGCACCCAAACUUGGUAGGUGUCAAGGGGGAUGACAAGGUUUGGUCACGUGAUGCGUGACGUCAUGUAUGACGUCACUUUAAGCAAAAGUAUCCCGAUGUCAUAACUAUUGGUCAUAUCUCCUAAACGAAACAUCAUAUGACAAACAAACUUGGUAUGUGUCAUGUAUGUGUCAAGGGGGAUGCACCAAUAUUGUCACGUGACUGUGACGUCAUCAAUGACGUCACUAGAAGCAAAAUAUGUUGACGUCAUAAAAAUAAAAAAUAUUUAUAUUUCACGAAGGAAACAUCGUAUGGCAAUCAAACUCGGUAGGUGUCAGGUUGGUGUUAAGGGGGGUGCUCCAAUAUGGUCACGUGAUUGUCAUGUCAUUGAUGACGUCACUAAAAGAAAAAAAACGUGAUGAAAAGCAAAAAAAAUCAUAUUUCAUGAAACAUCAUGACAACCAAUCUUGGUAUGUGUCAUGAAGCUGUCAAGGGGAUGCACCAAUAUAGUUAUGUGAUUGUGACGUCAUCGAUGACGUCACUAGAACCACAAAUAUGCUGACGUCAUCAAAAUAUUUAUAUUUUAUAUUUUAAUGAAAUAUUUAUAUUUCAUUAAAAAAACAUCGCAUGACAACCAAAUACAGUAGGUGUCAUGUUGGUGUCAAGAAGGGUGCUCCAAUAUGGUCACGUGAUUUUGACGUCAUCAAUGUAGAAAACAUUCAUAUCUCGUGAAAGAAACAUUGUAUAACAACCAAACUUGAUAGGUGUAGUGUUUUGUGUCAAGGACGGUGCGAAAAUAUAGUAACGUGAUGUGUGACGUCAUCGAUGACGUCACUAAAAGUAAAAUACCUGACAUCGAGACAUCGUAUUACAGCUAAACUUUUUAUUUGUGUGUUAUGUGGGGGAAGCGGGUUUAACAAAUUGGACAUCUGAGCUUUCUUUGUUAUUGUUUGGAUCAACUUCACCUAUGAUAAAACCUGUAGCUUUCAAAAGGUGCAAAUAGAAAGAAAAUACCCCGAAAAGACGCCCAAUUACUUAGUUGUUGAAUCUUUUCACUCAUUUGCAUUUUUGAUUUGGCAGCGCGCGAGUGUUUCUUGUUUUCCCGCCUAUUUGAAAUCGAUCGAUAAACUACAGUACGAUGACCAGUUCCGUAUCACUUCAUAUUAAAAUUGCUCUAUCUUUUUUGCGGAGAGCCCAAUGCUCAUAAUUUUUUCUAAGACGACUACAAAUUUUCUAAUGCUUAUAAUAUGCACAGAAAAGACUACACAUUUUCAAAUUUUAUUGAUUUAUAUGGUAUUUUCUGUUUGCACAUAGUGGGAGUAGUUCCGUAGCAGCGGGCAUAAGUUCCGUAUCACUCAAAAAUUCUCUCGUCUGGUACGAGAUUUUUCAUUUGAAAAUCAAUAAAAAACAUAUUUAUCCUACAGGAUACCUGUUAUAAACAUUGAAAAUACAAAAAAGAACGUUGAUUUAAAUUGAACGGAUUAGAUAGUUUAGACAAUUGUUUAGUUGAGUUACCACGGCUUCCUCUAUUUUUGAGCACAGCCGCCCUUUCCUAUGAUUAGACUGAUAAGAUUUAUUGUAGUUUACGCAUUUCCCUUUGAGUAACAGUUUAGGAAUGAGGCACGUCCUACUUUAGGACACGUCCCAUCUGCCUAUAAAUUAUAGUACCCAUUUAGCAAUCUUUAAGAGUUGAGCAGAGAAACCGAAGAGAGAAGAGUUGAGUUGAGAGCCAGAGAAGCAGAGUUAGAGAAGUCAGAGUAAAGUUUGAAGAGUUACAAGCUUACUUGGAGUUGUACUUCUUUAAGCCCCGGAGACGAGGUCAGACGUAAGUUGAAUUUGUAAAUAUUGAUUUAGCCUUUUUGCGAUUUACAGAACUGCCUGUAGUCCUUAGGUUUUUAUCCUAAAUUUGUGAAUUGUUAAUUACUUCAUAGUUGUCACCGCAUGUGUUCGAUAGUUGGACGAGUUGAUUGUAAUAAACGCUGUUAAAUCAAGCUUGGAUGACUGUUCUACACUGUGGUUGACACUAAAACGAACCCACUGCACACUUCCCACAAGUCGCUGCUUUGGAACAGCUUACAGUGAUAAGUCUGGUAGAAAACAACGUUGGAAGGUAGGCCCUUUCAAGUUUAUACCGAGAUGAGCGAGAGAGGAGAUCCCCAACGGCACGGCGCUGAGACAGGCCGAAUUACACGCCGAACCACAAAAAUGACGCAAAAAGCCCUUCAAAACGCGAUCGAACGUAAAAGUAUAGAGAUUGACAGGUCUAAAAGAAGGCUCCUUAGCGUUAUCGAAACAUCUAAAAGUCUAAGCCAUGAUAGUAACUUAGAUAUAGUUUUGCACGACCUCACAACUGAGGGGCAACAAUACGGGAUUAUUUUGCAACAGCUACUGGAGCUGCACGGACAAAAUACUAACGGUGAACGCGGACACGAGGUCCAACUCACCGAGGAAAACGAAAUCCUAAAACUAGCCUUCAAAGAAAUAGAGAGACUUAAGUAUAUGAUAAGUGUUAAGCAAAGCGGUAAAGAGAUGGAUGCGAAAUCUGAGCGUUCGUAUCGAUCCUCGAGAUCGUCCAGUUCUAGAGCAAGUAGCGCCCGCAUAAAAGCUUUAGCAGAGGCGAGGGCCGCGCGCGAGGAAGCCGACUAUGCACGCGUUUUGGCCGAAAAACAAAAGGAACUCGCUAUUCUAACUGCAGACAAAAACGCGGCAGUAGCCAAAGCAAAACUCGAUGCGAUAGAACAAGCGAUAAACGAGGAGGAAUUUGGGGAAGGACCCGCAGAAAAAGAGGACGCAGAGAACUUCACGGGACAGUGGGUCCAUUCCUCCCCCGCACUCGAAAGCGAUACGCCAAAUGUACGCAACGCCCUUGGGCCCAAAAACACGUCCGAACCACACACCCUGUCGUUAUCCCACCUCCCACGGUCAGAUAACGUACCAAAAGAAUCAACCCCCGCUUUGCCCUAUCGAGAACACGUACAACCCCAAGACCGGAUGUUUACCAAUCACGGCCAUGACAAAGACGUCAAUUACCAUCCAGUCAUAUCAGCACCUGAUAAUCCGUACAGAGACAUCACGCAAAGCCAACUAAUGGAUUCGCUAACGACGGUCAAUAACCAAAUAGUAACGAGCUUAGCCCGUCAACGUUUACCAAUUUCUGAGCCAGAUAUAUUUGACGGUGACGCCACGCUAUUCCAGCCCUGGAAAAGAGCCUUCAAAGCUAUGCUUUCUGAUGCGAUAGUUUCACCGACCCAAGAGAUCAACUAUCUAAGAAAAUUCACCAGCGGCCCCCCGCAAGCCCUGGUCGACAAUUACAGAAAGAGAUUGCGUGAUCCCGCAACGCUACUUGAGCAACUCUGGGUCAAAUUAGAGAAGCGUUUCGGCAGUCCAGCGAUGAUAAGCAACUCGCUCCUAGAACGACUGAAAAACGCCGCCCGCUUUAGUGAAAACCAGCCAGAAAAAUUGCAACAGUUUGCCGAUCUCUGCGCUGACGUCGAGAGCCAAGUCGCACAACUACCAGGCCUUGCCUGCCUUAAUUUUGAAAACGCGAUGCAGCCGGUAAUUGAUAAGCUACCAAAAUCUAUCUGCGCAAAAUGGGAGAAAGAGAUAGCGAAUUUCUCUGACGCUAACGGCGGCGUUUACCCUCCAUUUGAGCGUUUCGCGAAAAUAAUCCAAGGGCAGACUGACAUUAAAAACAACGCCAAUGUUUUAGCCAGCAAGGCCACUACUACCGAAGUUACACCCUCCUCUGCGCACGCCCCCGGACCUCGCAGAGAGCAGAGAACGUUCAAAACUAACGCGCAGCCCCAAAGAAAAGGGAGGGAAGGACCCGAAAAUAAAAAAGUAAACCGAUGUCCCUAUCAUGAGAAAGACGGGCACACCCUAGCCGAAUGCAAAACGUUCGCAGCUAAAACCGUCAGUGAGCGCAAAAAGUGGCUAACUGACGCUACCCUAUGCUAUCGCUGCCUCGAUCCGUCACACUUUGCUCGCGACUACCGCGCUCCUAUACAGUGCGCAACCUGCGGCGACUUACGUCACAACACAGUGCUGCAUAGAGACCCACCCGCUCCCAAGGACAACCCUGACCCCGAGAAGCCGGUCACCGCCAAAUGCACUGCACUCUGCGACCCCGUCGGAGGGACAUCCUGUAGCAAAAUGGUCCUAGUAGACGUCUAUAGCAUACACAAAUCAUCUACCGCUCAGCGCAUUUACGCCAUUAUCGACGAACAGAGUAACACCAGCAAGCUCGCCGACGACCUUGGCGCCGAUGGCCCUAGAGAAGUCUACUACCUGUCGACAUGCAGCAACGAGAGAGAGGAAAAGAGUGGUAGACGAGUGACAGGCAUCGAGGCACGAUCAGUCAGCGGAGCUGCAUUUUCGCUGCCUACACUCGUUGAGUGCGACGUCAUCCCAGGGGACAAGCGCGAGAUCCCCACACCUGAGAUGGCGAGGAGCUUCAAGCACCUUAAACCAAUCGCCGACCAGAUACCCCCCCUAGACGAUACGGCAGAGGUUCACCUCUUGAUAGGUCGCGACGCGCCAGAACUACUGAAAGUGAGAGAGUUCAAAAACGGCCCCAGAGGAGCCCCGUGGGCACAGCGACUAGCCCUUGGAUGGACCAUCAGCGGCCAGAUGUGCCUCGACUUCGCGAACGGUCCCGCACACAUUCUGAGCCGCCACACCCAUGUGUCCAACCGUGAGCGACAGGAGACCGGGGACGAGAACUACGAGAUAGUGCCGUGCCCCAACAUGCUCAAAGAGAUAUCCCAAGUCAAGUACUACACCGACUCGAAGGUGGUACUCGGUUACAUAACGAAUGAAAGCCGGCGCUUUUAUGUCUAUGUAGCCAACAGAGUUCAACAGAUAAGAAGCUUGUCUAACCCAGAGCAGUGGAGGUACGUGGAGACCGAGCUCAACCCCGCCGACCUAGCGACGCGAGGAGUACCCCCUAACAAACUAGGAGAAACCAGCUGGCUUAGUGGUCCCACAUUCCUCAAAAAUAUAGAUACCGCUGACACCCCGAGUGAAGCAUACUUACUCGACGCAAGCGACCCCGAGGUGCGCAAAGAAGUGGUUUGCGCCAAAGUCAGCACAGAUGAAGACACAAAGAAGCCGGGCCUUGGCGCACACCGAUUCUUGCGAUUCUCGACCCUGAAGUCCCUACAGCGCGGGAUCGCCACCCUAAACGUGAAGGUUAAGAACUUCAAGAACAAAAGGGACACCAGAACCACUAGAGCCAACACGUUGAGCCAUCGUCCCAGGGUACAAGGCGAGCAACAGAAGCGCAGAGCCCCUACAGUAGAGGAAUUAGAUCAGGCCUUGCGAGUCACAACACAGAGAGAAGCAUUCAGCGCUGAACUGAAAGGCGCAAAUACAGACCCCGAAAACCCAAGAGAAACAAAGAAAAACGCGAAGAAAGCCCUCAGAGGAUCACCGCUAUACCGCCUCGACCCAUUCCUUGACAGUGACGGAAUUCUGCGCGUCGGCGGCCGGCUUAGAAGAGCUGAGAUGAACUACGAACAGAAACACCCCGUCCUUCUACCCAGAAAGCCCAUGUUUCACAGCUAGUCGCCCUCCACCAUCACGUCAAAGUGCACCACCAAGGCCGACUAAUCACAAGCGGCGCCACACGCCAAGCCGGGUUCUGGCUGAUUGGAGGCCACACCACCGUCACAAAAGCCAUCAAAGACUGCGUGACCUGCAAGAAGCUGAGGGGACGCCCACUAGAGCAACGAAUGGCAGACCUGCCUCCCGGCAGGAAUGAAGUCUGCAGCCCGUUUACGAACGUCGGCUUCGACGUAUUUGGGCCUUGGUCGGUGAAGUCACGAAAGACAAGAGGAUCCAUAGCUAACGCAAAGCGCUGGGGACUAGUAUUCACGUGCCUCAGCCCUGCUAAACUGCUUAGGUGUGAUUGCGGCACUAAUUUUGUAGGAGCUAAGACCGAACUCGAUAGCGCAAUGAAGGAGCUUAAUAAGGAGGGUGCAGAGAGAUUCGUCAGAGAGCAAGGAUGCGAGUGGAUCUUUAACCCCCCACACGCGUCGCAUUUCGGAGGUGUGUGGGAGAGACAGAUCCGCACAAUACGACAAGUCCUCGACGGCAUGUUCGCACGAGUUAGGAGACCACCAACUGACGCAUGAUUUGCUAGUAACGCUAAUGGCAGAGGUCGCUGCGAUCGUGAACGCCAGGCCAAUAUCAGCUCUACCGAUGGACGCUGACCAGCCGCAGACCCUCUCACCUGCGAUGCUUCUAAGCAUGAAAGAGCGCCCUACUGGACCCCCUCCAGGCCGUUUCGUGCCCACAGACAUCUACGCACGUCGCCGCUGGAGACGCGUCCAGUACCUGGCGGAGCAGUUCUGGUCGAGAUGGAGAAGGGAGUACCUCCAGAAUCUCCAGCCCCGCCAGAAGUGGAACGGAGCAACGGAAAGUCUGCACGCAGGCGAUAUCAUACUACUAAGGGACAAGACGGAGCACCGCAACGACUGGCCAAUGGGACGAGUAACAGAGGCGGUGAAGAGCGAGGACGGUAGAGUUAGGAAGGCGAAGGUAGAGGUAGUUAGAGACGGAGUCAAGAGGACCUACUUGCGCCCCAUCAAGGAACUCAUCCUGCUUAUCCGCGCAGAUGACGACAAAGAGAGCCAAGAGUAGGGUAGAAAAGAUUAGAAUAGCAAGGAUUGAAAUCCUUGGGCGAGGAGUGUUAUGAACAUUGAAAAUACAAAAAAGAACGUUGAUUUAAAUUGAACGGAUUAGAUAGUUUAGACAAUUGUUUAGUUGAGUUACCACGGCUUCCUCUAUUUUUGAGCACAGCCGCCCUUUCCUAUGAUUAGACUGAUAAGAUUUAUUGUAGUUUACGCAUUUCCCUUUGAGUAAGAGUUUAGGAAUGAGGCACGUCCUACUUUAGGACACGUCCCACCUGCCUAUAAAUUAUAGUACCCAUUUAGCAAUCUUUAAGAGUUGAGCAGAGAAACCGAAGAGAGAAGAGUUGAGUUGAGAGCCAGAGAAGCAGAGUUAGAGAAGUCAGAGUAAAGUUUGAAGAAUUACAAGCUUACUUGGAGUUGUAUUUCUUUAAGCCCCGGAGACGAGAUCAGACGUAAGUUGAAUUUGUAAAUAUUGAUUUAGCCUUUUUGCGAUUUACAGAACUGCCUGUAGUCCUUAGGUUUUUAUCCUAAAUUUGUGAAUUGUUAAUUACUUCAUAGUUAUCACCGCAUGUGUUCGAUAGUUGGACGAGUUGAUUGUAAUAAACGCUGUUAAAUCAA